UGGUUCAAAUUAUCAUCAAUCAUAUGGUUAUGCUAAACGAAAUGAAACAAAUAAAAAUUGCAAUGAUGAACGAAAAUCGCAAACAGAUCUUUUUAUGCAACGUUUUUUGACAUUUGGUUCAAAUGGUCGAUCGUUUCCCGAAACAUUGACACAAUUAAAUGGCUAUUGUGAUGAAGGGAAACGAUUACUUGUAAAAAUAGAAAAAUAUUAUUUAGAAUGUGAAAGUAAAUAUAUUCAAGACCUGUCCAAAAUUGGUAUGUAUUCAUUACGACAUAUAAUACGAACGUUUUGUCGUUUAAAAUCAUCGACCAAUGCCACUAUGACUAAACAACAAUCAAAUCGACAAAAAAAUCAAUGAAAAAAUUGAAAAAAUUAUUGGCCGUAGCACCAUGUUUAAAUCGUUAUAAUCUGAAUUUUAAAUGUCUGGAUCGAUAUGCUGAACGUUCAUGGCCAUUGGUAAAAGCAUCGAUUGGUAAUCGAAAAAUUUCAUACAUUUGCUGUAAUUAUGUAGAAUCAAUGGAUUGUGUGGAUCGAUUUAUCACUGGUAUUGAUUGUAUCCGCCAUGAACAUCAAUUAUUAACAGAAUUCGUUGACGAUAUAUUUGUAAAUAUGAUCAAUGCACUUUGUAUUGGCGAUAAUGCAGCCGAUUCGGAUCGUUGUGAACGUUUAGAAUCAACGAGGCCAAAAUUUACAAAUUCAGCUGAAGAAAAAUCUGUUCAUAAAUUCAAAUCUUUUAUGAUGGCUUCAUUUGAAAUUUUGAAUUCAAUUCAAUAAUUUCUGGUAAAACUUUUGUCAAAUGUUCACAUGAUACUAAAAAAAAAAAAAACAAAACGAAUAAAAUUGGA